AUGACGGCCACUUGUGCGGGGAGCUCGCUCGUCGCUAAAGGACUGGACAUAAGUUUGGCCGCUUUAAAACGACAAGAUCCCUAUAUCAAUGAUAUUGUGGAUGUGGCCAGCCAAGUAGCCCUAUACACUUACAACAACCGGGCCAAUGAGUGGGAGAAAACUGAGGUGGAAGGAACCCUUUUUAUCUACACAAGGCUGGCGUCUCCCAGACAUGGUUUCACAAUCAUGAACAGACUGAGCAUGGAGAACUUGACUGAGCCAAUCACCAAAGACUUGGACUUCCAACUCCAGGACCCCUUUCUUCUUUACCGCAAUGCACGAUUGAUGAUCCAUGGCAUUUGGUUCUAUGAUAAAGAGGACUGCCAACGCAUCGCUCAAAGGAUGAAGUUUCUCACGCAGUUGGAGCUGGUCCCGGGCCAGUCUCACGAGGCGGAUGUGGCUCCAGAAGGUAGUCAAGGAAAACCAGUGGACAUUAUCCAGAUGUUAUCCAAAGCACGCAACGAGUACGACAAGGAGAACUCUUCAUCUGAGCCCAAGGAGAUAGGAGGCAGCAGCAUGCUCUAUGGAAACCCCAAUUUGAUCAAGCCGAUUCCUGUCAAACCAAACACUCAGGAAAGCGAGCGCAGUCUGUCUCUGGCCACUCUGUUUGGCACCCAACACAAAGUCCCCACCUCGCCAUUGGACCCUGCUGCCUCCUCUUCACUAGCAUUGUCCAACCCCAGCACAACAAUGGCACCCACAGACAACACGGCACGGCCUCACGUCGUCCGCGCUCUCACUUACGAAAACAAGGCAAGAUCUGGGGAAAGCGUCACCCAAAGUGCACUUGAGGGCGGCGGACUUGUGCACGACCUUCCACAGCAUUGUCCGGCCAUUCAGAAGCUCAUGCAAGGGCAACGAGAGGUGCUGCAAACGGUCUCAGAGUCUCCGGAGAACAGGCUGUGCGACAACGGCCACCAGAUGGAGCAGCCCAGUGUUUUUCACCAUCCACAUCUUCACCAUCUCAACGCACAGCAGACGUACCAGCAAAUUCAGGGCGAUCCCAUAAAGAGACUGUUUCAAAGUCAGCCUCCCGCGCCUCCAAUGUGCCCCCAACAUCAAAGCCAGCCCAUGGUCUUCAAUAGAGCUCACGACUACCACAUAGCUGCGCAUCUAGCAGGCUUCCCCCUGCAAAUGCCAGGUGUGUUGUCUCCUCAUGAACUGCUACAGAAGCUGCAGAUUGUCCAGCAGGAGCAGAUCCAGACCCUCCCAGAUCCCCCUCACACAGCUCCUGUGCCAGCCCCCAGGUUCAUGGGUCUUCCCCAAUCUGAGGCCAAAGAUCCAGGUCUAAGCCAGCUCUCAACCCACACCCCAGCCACUGUGGGACAAAAGGCAGCUCUGCAAUUUCAGGUCAUCUCUCCUCAGCGGAUCCCAGCGACUGUUGCACCCACGAUGCUUCUCUCUCCCAGUGUCUUCAGUCAGACUAAGCCCAGUCCGGCCUCUGUUCAGCUCACCAGAUCCGGUCCUGCAAAUCCAACCCAGAUACUGUCAAGGAGCCAGCUUAAAGCCGCACUCCUGCAUCUCAUUCAGAAUGACGGCUCUUUCCUGGAUUCCAUUUACGAAGCGUACACCGGGCGAUUCUCCUCGGACUCGUCCUGCAAAUACUGA